AUGCGCCUACACUUGAUCUCUACAGGUACUUUUGAUGAAGAAGGCUAUCACAAUUACUUUGAAGAUGGUAAAUGGAAGUUCUCUAGAAAUUCCCUGAUUGUUGCUAAAGAGAAAAAGAUGGGUCUUUACAUGUCACAAGUCAAGGUGUUUAAUAUCUUUAAGGAUUUCCAUGCUAGAGUUGAAAUAGAAACUAGUAGAAAGCUGAAACGUAUUCGAGCUGACAAUGGUGGUGAAUACAGGGGUUCUUUUGAGAAGUAUUGCAGGGAACAUGGUAUCAAGUACAAUGCAAGACUGGUUGUGAAAGGUUUUGGUCAGAAGAAGGGUAUUGAUUUUGAAGAAAUCUUUUCACUAGUGGUCAAGAUGUCUUUAAUGCGAGUUGUGCUUGGUUUAGCUGCUAGUUUGAAUCUUGAAGUUGAACAACUUGAUAUGAAAACUGCCUUUCUCUAUGAUGAUUUAGAUGAGAUUCAGAUGUUGAAGGAAGAGUUCAACAAGUCUUUUGCAAUAAAAGACUUAGGACCGAUAAAACAGAUUUUUGGCAUGAAGAUCACACGUGACAGGAAAAAAGGGAAACUUUGGUUAUCUCAAGAGAGAUAUAUUCAAAAGAUAUUUCGGAGAUUCAACAUGAGCAACUUCAAACCUGUUUGUUCUCCACUUGCAAGACACUUUAAACUAAGUUAUAAGCAGUAUCCUUCAAGUGAUGAAGAAAAAGAUGAGAUGAAAAAGGUUCUUUAUGCAUCCGCAGUUGGUAGCUUGAUGUAUGUCAUGGUUUGCACAAGGUCGAAUAUAGCUUAUGCAAUUGGUGUGGGUAAAAUUGCUCGUGCUGUGGAAUUUUUUGAUGAGAUGGUGGAAAGAGGCUAUCAACCUAAUCUACAUACUUAUACCACGAUUAUAAAAGGUUUGUGUAAGAUUGGUAAAACCCCUGUUGCUGUUGGAUUGCUCAAGAAAAUGGACAAUGCAGGUUGCCAACCGAAUGUUGUCACAUACAGUACGCUUAUUGAUAGCCUUUGCAAGGAUAGACUGAUCCGGCUGGAAGAGGCGUCAGCAUUGUUCAAUGAAAUGAUGAGUUUCAACAUCUUGCCAGAUGUAGUUACCUUCAACAUUUUGGUCGAUACACUUUGUAAAAAGGGCAAGAUUUCAGAGGCUCAACGAAUAUUCAAGACAAUGAUUGAGAAGGGUGUGGAGCCUAAUACUGUGACUUAUAGUUUGUUGAUGAAUGGAUAUCUUUUGCAAAACAGAGUUUUUGAAGCUAGAAAGGUAUUCGAUGCAAUGAUAACCAGGGGCUGUAUAAACAUUUUGGUCGAUACACUUUGUAAAAAGGGCAAGAUUUCAGAGGCUCAACGAAUAUUCAAGACAAUGAUUGAGAAGGGUGUGGAGCCUAAUACUGUGACUUAUAGUUUGUUGAUGAAUGGAUAUCUUUUGCAAAACAGAGUUUUAGAAGCUAGAAAGGCAUUCGAUGCGAUGCUAACCAAGGGCUCAGGGCUGUAUACCUGA